AUGAAUCAGCUCACUUCAGUUCCGAACUCAAUUGCUGAAAGCAUUGAGCCAACCUUGAAAACUUACCUUCCGCUUCUCAACAAGAACUCAACUGCCAUUAAAUCAACUUCCAGAAAAACGUUCUCUUACGGCCUAAAUCCUCGCCACAACCUAGAUAUCGAUUAUCCUGCCAAUAAAUCCACAGGGGCUGGGCGCCCUGUCUUCAUCUAUACGUAUGGAGGCGGCUUCACUCGAGGAGACAGAGCCUCUGAAGAUCAUCUACUCUACCGAAACCUUGGGCAUUUCUUCGCCGAGAAGUGCGGAUUCAUCACUGUAAUUCCGGAUUAUCGCCUUGUUCCAGAGGCGAGAUUUCCUUCCGGUGGACAGGAUAUUGAGAUGGCUGUGAAGUGGCUCAUAGACAACAAUGACAAGAUUGGAGGUCCACAACCAAGACCGUUGUCCAUGAUGGGCAACUCUGCUGGUGCCGUUCAUCUUUGCACAAUCUUGCUGCACCCUUCGUUUGCCGAGCUUCGCAGCAAGAUCACAGGUAACAGCGAUACUAGCCCCCUGCGACUGAAGGCUGCCGUCUUUUGCUCUAUGCCGACGUCGUUCCGCAACCCUUACCCUUGUAGGGCCCCUGUCCUUGAAAGAUACUAUGGAGAAACUAUAGAGCAUGAUUGUCCCCUCGGACUUCUUGAGGCCUGUGACAAGAACAAGAAUGUCUCGGAUGCUGCACCUGGAGUCCAUUUUCUUCUGCUGUAUGGCUCCCUCGACCCUGAAGAUGAGAUUCUGGGUUGUAAUAAGGAGUUUAUUGAGCUAUCGAGAUCAGGCAAGGGAAGCUCGGGUGUCGAGCUCGAAAUCCAGGUUAUGGAAGGCCACAACCAUAUCUCGCCUCCCCCAGCUCUCUGUACCAAUGUUUCGAGAGAAGAGGUCUGGGGGUUUAACGUUGCUGGGUUUUGCAACGCGGCUGCUCAAAGUUGA